AUGUGCAGUACACCAGAUUUGGUCAACGACAAGAACUGCACCCCCUCACUCUGGGGCUAUGUCGAGUUCCAAACCCAAGAUGGCGCUCCAGUCUCCCCUGAUCUCCUAGAUCUCGACAUCAUCAAAUACACAAUUCGCAUCACCCGCGACACCGUCACCUCAACCCUUUCUACGGCUCCGCUGUGGUGGACGUCCGGGUCUAAAAACGGCGGCAGCCGAAUGAAAUAUUUCUCCGGCGGCUUUAUCUACAUCCAAAACAUGAUCGACAACGGGAUAAUUUUGACAAAAUCGAAUCUUGAAACGGGCUGGAAUUUUUCUUCGCUAAAGCAGCGCUAG